GCCAGGGCCAGAUAGCCUCAAACUCCAUACCUCUCGCUCGACUUCGUAUACUGUAGCAAGUUGCAGUUGCAAAGCCAGGCUGCGCCCUCACGCCCAGUCCUCACCUCCGCAGUCCACAAUGCCGGCCACGGCGUCGCCCCGCCACUCUCCGUGAUCCGUUACCCAAGUACCCGCCCGUGACAGCCUCACCUGCCGGCAACAAUGUCGUCCAGCGUGCCCUUUGUCACGAUCCAGUCUCGGCGGCCGGCCGACAGCUCCAGCCUGAGCAGCCGCGAUUCCACUUACGGCUCCUCUGCCGGCGACGACAAGAUCGCGCCCGCCACCCAUGACACUAGUAGAGUAAACUACCAUGUCAAGGACAUCUCGCAUUUCGCCGCAAGUCUCGAGGGCUCUGCCGCGAGAGCAUUCCCCAACAGAGGGAGCUCCCAGCGCUACUCAAAGGUCCACGCCAUCCUUCUGCAUUGGAAGUGUGACGAUCUCUUUGUCCUGCCUGAGCUUGAGGAUCUUGAGUGCUGCUUCCGCGAGGACUACAGCUUCGAGACGGAAACGUUUCCUAUCCCGUCAGACAAUGCCCAUCUAGAGCUCAUGUUGCGCAUUGGAGCCAUGAUCAAGGAGCACGAAUCGACCGAAACUCUCUUCAUCGUCUAUUAUGGCGGCCACGCAAAGAUUGACGACUCCAGGCAGAGCACCUGGUGCGCGACACGCUCCACCGACUCUCCUUGGUUACAGUGGUCAGCCAUUCAAACCCUUCUGGAAAGAUCUCUCUCGGACGUCUUGAUCUUGCUAGACUGUUGUGCUGGUGCCGCCAGCGCCACCUUCCCGAGCGGAAAUAGUGUCACCGAGACCAUCUCCGCCUCAAGCUGGGAUGCCAUCGCCCCGGACCCGGGCCGGUACUCUUUCACAACUGCUCUCAUUGAGGUCCUAUCCCAGUGGAAAAGAAGAGUGUUCUCGGCCGCCAUGCUUCACGCGGAGGUCUUGGCUCGGUUAAAACAUCCCCGCCCAGUCAUGAUCAAUGGCCGCCACUACGAAGCCCGCUCAACACCUGUUCAUUUCAUGAUGACCAACAACCACAAGGUGCCAAGCAUUGAGCUGGCAAGGAUAAUGUCAGACGACCAAAGGCCGCCCUCUCCACCAGAAGAUGCGCAACCGGAAGAUAUCGCACUAGCAGGUCGGUCCGCGGCGCCUCAGGAAAUCAUCGGGUCUUCCCCGAACGAAGAUAUCCCGCAUGUCAUGAUCUCCCUUGCUCUCGAGGAUAAUCAACGGCUCAAUAUCAGUGAAUGGCAGCAAUGGCUCUCAACCAUCCCCGCGUUGGCCAAAUACGUCAAGGUCCAGGGCGUGUUCAAGAGUCAUUCAACACUUUUGCUCCUGUCCAUGCCCGUAUCUAUCUGGAACGUCUUGCCUGACGAUCGGGCAUGCAAUUUUGUGGCCUUUAUCCGGUCAAACAACCUGGCGAUAACGGAUGAGCCUCUGGAGAAGCAGGAGGCGGACCAAGUGGAAGUCGGCAAUGAUGAUGUUGACGUAGAGGUGGGCAAUGAGCGGCAGUACGAACCCAGUACCCGCGAUUCCGUGUGGUCUGGGACAACCGCCUUUACCGUAUUCGACGGCGCACCGUCCGGAUUUGGAGGUCGACGGCGACCGUCGGCGGAUCACAGUAUCCGGUCCUUCCGCCCAUCACCUUCAACAAGAUCCCGGACAGGAAACACGAUCGGCUUAACCCCGUCCUCUGCGCGCAAUCCCUUUGCUUCCGAGGCUGGAUCAAGUAGAUCAGCAGGCGUACCAAUUUCGAGGAAGGUGGCCGGCUUGGCUUCAAUGUCUGAGCUGAAUAGGAGUGCAUCGUUUGACAACAUGACGCCUGUUCUCAACAAGCACCGCAGUGGGCGGCGGACUUAUUUCCCAGAUACCGAGGCGCUGCCAAGCCGUCCCGCGUUAGCGACGCACGUAGAGGCUCGCCUGGAGGAAUACUUUCUCGGCGAACCGUAUCCAAGCGUGGCCGUCAAGGAAUUCUUAGCGUCAAACCUGGGGAUUGAGACAACGGACAUCGAUCUGUGGUUCCACCACCGACGAGAACAACAAGAAGUCGCCGCGAGACUGCAAAGCCUGCCCCUUUUCGAAAACACCCCUGGCGCAUCGCGAGAGAGUGUGCAGAUGCUUUUACCUGGCAACCUCAAAGCACUGCUUGAGGAGGUUCCCACGGAAGACGUAUUGAUACUCGAUCUGCGAUCGUCAGAAGAAUUCCAGAGAUCACACAUAAAUGGAGCGCUCAACGUUCGUGCCCCAGCUUCGUUUGUCUCCAGGGCUACAUUGGAACUGCUGGAACGAGCGCUUGAUGAAGAAAACCAGAACAACUUUGGAGAAUGGCAGACAAGCAAGUGUAUGGUAUGCUAUGACCGUCAUGUGGAGUUCCCAUGGGAGGCACCAGUUGCAGAAGCUCUUUUCAACAAAUUGAGGGAAAAGCAAUGGCCAGGACAAUGCUUCGUGCUCAAGGGUCACUACAGGGAAUUUUCCGAGUCCUUUGAUAAGCAUAUCAUGGGGACGCGGAUGACGGACGCCGCCAAGGAGUAUAUUGCGAGUCUCCAGGAGAAACCGAGAGACACGCAGCAGGGCGACGAUCCAUACCACGACUGGCUGGAAUUGCUAGAAGAGGAGAACACCAUACAUUAUACAGACUUGGCCGACACGGCCAAGACCGAGAGGCUGGAAGCAAUGGUCGCACAUCAGAAAGAGCUUGGAGUUGAUUUUGAGCAGAGGCACCCGUCUCUGGCCCGCAAAGCGCGGGAUCUCAGCCCCUCUGCAGGCGAUUGGAACCUAAAAGCUUCCAUGGUCAAGCAUCUCGAUCGUGGACUCGAGCUCAUGCGCAAAGCAGAAGGCAAAGCAGCUGUUACCUAUCGCGAUCCCCAGGACUUGAAAUCAGCAUAUCAUGACUACCCGCGCACGACGAAUCUCAGCAAGCUAAACACUUACGCCGGACCCGACGGCCAUCACCACAAGUCAGUUGAUGGCGACGAGGAUAUGGGCAUCGAGCGUAGGGCUAGCGAUGGGUUGUCCAAAGGUAGCGGCGGCGGCGGGGGACUUACCACGAGAUCGUCAACAAACAGUGGCGAAGACAUUACUCUCGAUAGAAAGGCACCUCGUCUCGCUGGUGGGCGUGGCCUGAUGAGCAGGUUGCUUCAUAGCAGAAGGUCUGACGGGCCUAACUGAUGAUGGCAGACAGACAGGGCCAGCUUUCACAGUCUGUGACAAGGACCGGUCACCCGUCACGUAGGGGGCAGAGCGCAGCUGCUUAGAACAUAUCAUUUCACGGAUAAGGCGUUCACUGACAUUGAGCGGCGGACAUCAAGUGUUUUUUGCCAUUUUUCUGUUGGGAAACUGGAGUUUAUUGGUCUAAGUCAUAAAGAGCGCCAUCUUGUUGUAUAUAUGCUCCGCUUCGAAAUCAAACCUCAGAGUUCACAAGACCUCUCUGUCCAUUAUUCAAAUAGGCACUCUCUUGAUAGCCUGCGCGCUUCGAUCGUGCGUAUCUCGCUCCUUUAUGUCCUCCACCAUAUCAACCAAAUAACCACCG